AUGAUGAAAGCCGUUAUUGUCGCCCUUGUCGCCUGUCUGGCUGUCGCCUCAGCCAUAGGAUACGGAUACCCCAUGAUGUACGGAGGAUAUGGAAUGGGAGGAUAUGGAUACGGCAUGCGAGGUUACGGCAUGGGAGGAUACGGCAUGGGAGGUUACGGCAUGGGAGGAUACGGACACGGAGGUUACGGCAUGGGAGGAUACGGACACGGAGGUUACGGCAUGGGAGGUUACGGCAUGGGAGGUUACGGAAUCGGCAUUGGAAUCGGCCACGGAGGUUUUGGAGGUUACGGUUACGGCAAAAAAUGUAAGUUCUACGGAGAAAGUCUAUAA